AUGCCUGCUCCUCGUCGUUCUGCUCGUGUCGCUUCUCGCGAAGAGCCUGUUGCCAAAAAGCCUAAAACUGAAGAGCCUGUGGAGGAGUCCGUUGAGAAAACUGGUGGCUCCGAAUUGGAAGUGGGCGAUGAACUUCCUUCGUUGACGCUCUUGGACGAGAAGGAGAAUGAAGUGGACGUGGCAAAAGUAGCUAAGGAGUCAAAGUACUUGGUGAUCUUCGCUUACCCCAAAGCCCUGACCCCUGGUUGUACUAGACAGGCGUGUGGGUUUCAGAGGUCAUACCAAGACUUUGUCGACCGCAAUACAAAGGUCUUUGGCUUGUCCACAGACAGCCCCAAGGCCCAACAGAACUUUGUUUCCAAGCAGGGUUUGAAGUACCCGUUGUUGUCUGAUCCAAAGAGAGAGUUAAUUGGUCUUUUGGGCGCUAAGAAAUCGCCUUCGGGAACCAAGAGAUCUCACUGGAUCUUUGUUGACGGCAAGCUUGCCGUAAAGAAGGUGCAGGUUUCACCGGAGGAUUCGUUUACCACGGCAAUGAAGGACAUUGAAAAGUUCGUCGCAGAGAACGGCGGUAAGAAGGAUGAAGGUGAGCCAAAGAAGGAAGAUGGAGAGGACGCCACUGAAUCGAAAGAGGAACCCAAGGAGGAACCUGAGGAGGAACCAAAGGAAGAAUCCAAGGAAGAGCCAAAGGAAGAUGCCUCAGAAGCCACUUCAAAGGAGUCUGAGACGAAGGACGAAGAAAAAUAG